AUGCAGGAAGGUCUCCACGUCGCCCUGUUCCAGGGACUGGGGACCGGGACCACAGGCCUGCUGUGUCACGGCACGGCAAUAUGUGCCAAGCUGCAGUCCCAGCCUCCUCGGCUUGCCACGCCUCCUGGCUCGCCACGCCCCCUGGACUCACGGAGCGCGUCGCCUUCCGCGAGCCAGCAGCGCGCAGAGGUUGCCAAGCUGCAGUCCCAGCCUCCUCGGCUUGCCACGCCUCCUGGCUCGCCACGCCCCCUGGACUCACGGAGCGCGUCGCCUUCCGCGAGCCAGCAGCGCGCAGGCCUCAAGAGCCUCUUCCGAACCCCGGCUAUCAUCACCUUGGUGGUCCUGCUCCUGAGCACCGUGGUGCUCACGGCCAUCACCCUUGUCCAGACCCACCGCUCCGAGCUCAUCCCUCCAGGCCUGAAGUAUGGUGUCGUGCUGGACGCGGGGUCGUCCAGAACCACGGUCUACGUGUACCAGUGGCCGGCGGAAAAGGAGAACGACACCGGGGUGGUCAGCCAGACCUACCAGUGCAGCGUGAAAGGCUCCGGGAUCUCCAGCUACUGGAGCAACCCCCAGGCCGCCCCCAGGGCCUUCGAGAACUGCAUGCAGAAAGUGCAGCAGCAGGUCCCAGCGCACCUGCACGGGUCCACGCGAGUCUACCUCGGAGCCACGGCUGGGAUGCGCCUGCUCAGGUUGCAGAACAAAACGGCAGCUGAUGAAGUCCUUGCCAGCAUCCAGAGCUACUUCAAGUCCCAGCCCUUCGAUUUCAGGGGCGCUCAGAUCAUUUCCGGUCAAGAGGAAGGGGUGUACGGGUGGAUCACAGCCAAUUACCUUAAGGGCAACUUCCUGGAGAAGGACCUGUGGCACAUGUGGGCGCACCCGCAUGGGGUGGACACCACUGGCGCCCUGGACCUGGGUGGCGCCUCCACGCAGAUCGCUUUCGUGGCCAAGGAUGUGGGAGCGCUGAACAGCAGCGACGGCGUGCAGGUGACUCUGUACGGCUACACCUACGCGCUCUACACACACAGCUUCCAGUGCUACGGCCGCAACGAGGCCGAGAAGAGGUUCCUGGCAUUGCUCCUGCAGAAUUCUUCCACUGACACCCAUGUCACCAACCCCUGCUACCUCCGGGGCUACAGUGUCACCAUCCCCAUGGGCCAGGUGUUCGACAGCCUGUGCACCACCCAGCAGAGGCCAGCCACUUUCGAUCCUCGCCGCAACGUUGCUUUUGAAGGGACCGGGGACCCGUGGCUGUGUCGGGAGAAGGUGGCCUCCGUAUUUGACUUCAGGGCCUGUAGUAACCAGGAAGACUGCUCUUUCAACGGGGUCUACCAACCCAAGGUCCAAGGGCCAUUCGUGGCCUUCGCCGGCUUCUACUACACAUCCAGUGCCCUCAACCUCUCGGGGAGCUUCUCGCUGGAUGCCUUCAACGCCAGCACCUGGAGCUUCUGCUCCCGGGCCUGGAGUGAGCUCCCUCUCCUGCUCCCCAAGUUCAACGAGGUGUACGCCCGCUCCUACUGCUUCUCUGCGCACUACAUCUACCACCUGCUGGUGCACGGGUACAAAUUCACCCAUGAGACUUGGCCCCAAAUCCAUUUUGAAAAAGAAGUGGGCAACAGCAGCAUCGGCUGGUCACUUGGCUACAUGCUGAGCCUCACCAACCAGAUCCCGGCCGCCAGCACCCUGGUCCGCCUGUCCAUCCCGCCGCCUGCCUUCGUGGGCCUCCUCGCCUUCUUCUCGGCCACUGCCUUGAUGAGUCUGGCCUUCCUGUCCUUCCUGUGCUCUGCGUCCAGGACGGAGAAGCGUUCCGAGCGCCCUCUUGAGCUCGCCGUGGAUGCCGACUGAGGCUGGGCUGCACCGACACAGCCACCUCCAAGGCACAGCUGUGGCCGGCGGCCAGGCCAUGGACCGUGGGGUGCUGCCCUCCACCAGCACAGCCCUGCAAGCCCCCCACUGUCUGAGCCCUGCUCCCGAGACCCCUGCCACCUGGGAGGGGCACAGAGGCACACGGUCCGGGUAGGCCCUUCGCCUGUGUCCCCACAGCCAGGGAAGGGGUAAACACAACACUGAGCAGGGCUGAGUCUCCACUUCCUCCCCAGCGUCCCUCCUGGCAGGACAGGCACCUGUAGUUAAGCAGUGACCAGUCCAGCAUUGCACUCAGGGCUCCUCCUCCUGGGCUGACCCCGACUUGAGUGAGCAACCAUGGGACCACGGCAUGGCAGGGGCAGUGGUGGGGCCCCUCACCCACCGGGACCCCAGGCCCAGGGACCAGGGUGCCCCAUUGUCCUCAAACGGACAGCGCCCCUGGGCACAAAACCUCGCCUUGCUCUCGGGUCCAGACACACUGGACCCGGAGACACACACACACUUGCCCCUGGGGCACACUCGCUCCCACACAGACACUCACCCCUUGGACACACUGGCUCACACACACACCUCCAGGGCACACUCACACACACGUUCGCUCCCGGGACAUGCUCGCUCGCACAUGCUCUCCCCCAGGGUACACUUGCUCCAACACACACACUCACCCCUCGGACACACUAGCUCACACACACCUCCAGGGCACACUCACACACACAUGUUCGCUCCCAGGACAUGCUCGCACAUGCUCUCCACCAGGGCACACCUGCUCCAACACACACACUUGCCCCUGGGACACGCUCGCUCCCACACACACGCUCACCAGUCACUGCCUAGGCACAGAGCCACCCUGCAGAGCAGCCUGGGACUUGACCCAGGAGAGAAAAGGGGCCGCAGGAUGUUGGCGUCCAGAGUGGACAAGGAGGGACCUCAAGGGCAGGAGCGGCAUUUCCAGGUUGCUCUUUGGUAGCUGCGUACCGAAUAAAGAACCGCUCUUCUGA